AUGGUUUGCGGCUGGUACGGUGUAGGCAAGCACACACCCAACAUCUCCAACGAAGACCUCACUCCUAUGUUGAAGGCAAAUCUCGCGACACGCCUACUCUACGUUGUAGCGAUAUGCCUCGUCAAAUUCAGCAUCCUCGUUUUCUACCAUCGACUAGACCCUCGACGACCCACGAGAUGGAUUGUGUACUUCUUAAUGGCAUGGGUAGCCGCCCUAUCCAUUGUAACUUUCUUUGUGCUGUUAUUCGUCUGCACGCCGCCGUCGCUGUUUUGGAAUCCCGAGGGUCAGGCUCUGCAUCCAGAGAAGUGCCUCAAGCAGGACACGCAGCAAGUGUUCUUCAACAUCAACGGCAUUAUGAAGUAA